AUGUCUAUCAUCCAGAAAGUCACCAUGUUCGCGCUUUUCUUUGUCGCACUUGUUCUCCCUGUCAGCGGCGCUGGUCAAGUUGUUCGUGGUGUUGCAUGGGCUACUGAGUCAACCACUUGUACCACUGGAUCUGUCGAGACACUCGUCCCCAUCGUCCUCCCAUCCUCUGCUCCGGCUUCCGAGACGACUGCUUACACUUCCUCUGCUCCCGUCGAGACUCUCGUUCCAACCGUCAUUAAAUCCUCUCCAUACGCUCCUUCUAUCUACGACACCACUGCUUACUCCUCAUCUGCUCCUACCGACACCCUCGUUCCAGUCGUCAUCACCUCGGUUCCAGUCACCAACACUCUUACCAGCACUCAAACAACCAGCUCUUUGGAAAUCCUCUCUCCAAUUUCCAGCACUUCUGCUUCCGGUUACCCUUCCGUUUCCCCUAGCGUCGUGACUGGCACAUACGCCAACUCCACCUCCGUUGUUCCAUCCACAACUCUCACCAGCACCGCUGCUUCCACCACCAUCAAGACUUCGGCUACGAGCUCUGGACCAGCUAGCAGCACCAGCAGCACUGUUGUUCACACCGGUGGAGCCAUGGAGGCCAACACCAUUUCAGGUGGCUUGCUCGUCGCUGCCUUUGCAGCUGCUUAUUUCAUCUAA